AUGACUAUCCUCAUUGAGCAGCCCGAUCAUCAGCUUGGGUCACAAAUGGAGGAGAAGAAGCUUUGUUCUGAAACCAAUGAAACCUGUGAACUGGUUUUGGAUGGUGGGUUUGUGGUGCCCAAAGACAUCUCCAAAAAUGACGGAUGUGUGACACAAAAAAUUGCAGCAUCAAAUGAUGCCUUCAUUGCCCCUGAAAUUAACUCAUUUGGCCAGUCAUUCAGGGAUUACAAUGCAGAAAGUGAGAGGCAGAAAUCUGUGGAGGAAUUCUACAAGUCGAACCACAUCAAUCAAACAUUCGAUUUCGUGAAGAAGAUGAGGGAGGAGUAUAGCAAGUUGAACAGAGUGGAAAUGAGCAUAUGGGAAUGUUGUGAGCUCCUCAAUGAGGUUGUGGAUGACAGUGACCCUGACUUGGAUGAACCCCAAAUUGAGCAUUUGUUGCAAACAGCUGAAGCCAUCAGAAAAGACUAUCCUAAUGAAGAUUGGUUGCAUUUGACUGCCCUUAUUCAUGAUCUUGGAAAAGUGCUUCUUCUUCCUAGCUUUGGAGAACUUCCUCAAUGGGCUGUUGUUGGAGACACACAUCCUCUUGGGUGCGCUUUUGAUGAAUCCAUUGUUCACCACAAGUAUUUCAAGGAAAAUCCGGACUACAACAAUGCUUCCUUUAACACUAAAUAUGGGAUUUACUCAGAAGGAUGUGGACUGGACAAUGUCAUGAUAUCUUGGGGUCAUGAUGACUACAUGUACUUGGUGGCUAAGGAAAAUGGAACAACUUUGCCUCAGGCUGGAUUGUUCAUCAUCCGGUAUCACUCGUUUUAUCCUUUACAUAGGGCAGGGGCUUAUAGACACCUUAUGAACAAGGAGGAUGAAGAGAAUCUAAAGUGGCUUCAAGUGUUCAACAAAUAUGACCUCUACAGCAAGAGCAAAGUACGAGUCAAUGUCGAAAAAGUGAAGCCAUAUUAUUUAUCCCUCAUUGAGAAGUAUUUCCCAGCAAAGCUGAGAUGGUGA